CUUUACAAACCGCGGCUCCUCCUCUCACUGGCAGUCUACGUCUCUAUUUGAACAGCGCUCUCGGCGGAUCGCGGUAAAUCCGGUCUCAACUAAAGCCGCUGAUCUCAAAAAUGUCGAAGUCGGAUUCAGUGCUCAGCAAGAUAUGGGCCAUUCCUUAUUACUGUCUCCUCCUGCUUUGCCUUCCAGGCGUGCAGUCUGAUAUCGUGCUGAAACAGCCCGAGUCGGUGAUCGUAAAAUCCGGACAGUCCCACAGACUGACCUGUGCAGUCAGUGGGUUCAGCCUCAGCAGCUAUGACAUGUACUGGGUGAAACAGGUCUCAGGGAAAUGGCCGGAAUGGGUGGCCGUCGUGUGGGCUGGCGGUGGCAAAAAAUACGCUCCUGGAGUCGAAGGCAGAUUCGAGGUUUCCAAGGACAGCAGCACAGUUUAUCUGCAAAUGAACAACCUGAGACUGGACGACACGGCCACCUAUUACUGUGCGAGAGACACAGUGAGAGAGAUCGGGAGUAGACCGAGACAAAAACCCAGUGAAAUCGCGAUCGGUAGGGCGGAGAGGGAAAGGUCAGUAGUGAUCGCCACAGCUGUAUCCAGGUCGUUAAGGGCCACAUCCGCUCGUCCACGCAAUGGAAAGCGAGUUCUCAGCGGUGAUUCCGGAGAAGAGAUGCUGGAUGGAUGGGCUGAGAGUCUCAGCGGAUCACUUCAGACUGCAGCUCGGAGCCAAGCGCCAUAUGAAAACUGUGAAAAUGCCUCUUUUAUUCAGAGGCCAGGAAGAGCCAAGCUCAAAUUUCGGAGAGAAAUCCAGGAAGUGUUUGCUGCCGGUCUGGGAUCAGAUCGACACUUUUCUGAGAUCAGUGGGUGA